CGUCGUGUCCCAUUGCGGGAUUUGCGCACUUCCCGAGCAUAACGACCGCCAUGGAGCCUGUACGGCUCGAGCGCCAACAGCAGGUACCUGCCGACCACCGCGCGGAGCCUGCGCUCACACCCGAGGAUCAACUGGCUGCGCCGCUCGCCGCUGUGAAACUCGCAGAGAGCGGCGAUUUCCCGCGGCUUUUGGUAGCGUUAGCGUUACGACCGCGACUGGCGAGAGCUGCCGAUGCCUUUGGCAUGACGGCACUCCACUGGGUGUGCAGCGAUCCCAAGGUGCCUCCACGCGUAGUUCUCACUGUGGCUCGUGCUCACCCUGCAGCUGCCGCCACGCGUAACCUGGCGGGUUUGUUGCCACUACACUUGGCAGUCAGAAAGAGCCUCGCCUUGGAGGCCAUCCAGGCGCUGCUGCACGUCUACCCCAAGGCUAUUGGGGUACGAACUCCGGACGGCAAGACGCCACUCAUGCUGGCCAAGCAGCGACCUGUGGCGUCGAGCGCCGUGCUCUCUCUGUUAAAAGUACUGGAAGCUCAUGCGAGGACAGGCUCGCCGUCCACGACGAUGCUACCGACGUCGCAGUGGCCGGAAACUAAACCGGAACAGGAGCAUCAACCACAGCAGGGUGAGGAACGUACAGAAGCCACGAUAUCCGACCGAUUUAGUACCUCUAGAUCUGUGACACAGGAGGAGACCAUCGCUGCGAUGAUGGCGCCACAUGCACCACCUCCAAGAUGGGCACUGGCCUCGAGAUGCAGACUUUGUGCUGCAAAGUUUGGAUACUUUAGACAGAGACAUCACUGCAGAAGUUGCGGGGCGUCAGUCUGUGGUCGCCACUCGAGGCAUCGAGUGCCUCUUAAGCACCUUGGACUCUUUCAGCCUCAAAGAGUCUGUGCGUGCUGCUUUGACGAUCUGCAAAAACAACUAAACGUGCGUGCAUUGGAGCGCGUAACCCGUACUGGAGGAGCGUAUCCGUACAUUGACAAUGGGGACUCGAACAGUUUCUAUUCCAACAACUCAAUGAAUCUCCAGACUCGCUACCGACGACGUAGCAAGUCUGUCUUCAGCGAGCCAACGCAGCGUCACGGACCGGUUGACUGGGAAUAUUGUCAUGACAACAAUAGCGAGACCAGUGCAAAAGGCUUCACGCCUGUCUCGGCCCCGUGGAAUUAUAGCAUGACAGCGUCCGAAGCUGUGGAAUCACUGCAGCCCAGUAUGGGCUCCAUGUUUCUAUCGGUUGCACCGGCACAACCGACGGUGUUAGAGCGCCAACGUAUGUUACGAGAGCAGCAAGGACACUCGAUGGAAUCCGAGCCGAGCAUACGGAGGAGCCGACAACGGCGAUCAAGACCACACUCGUCGGCAUUAGACAGAUCAUUACAUGUACAGCGGAUGUCUGAGGUGGACUCAGUGUGUUCAAGUGAUGAACAGGAGUUGGAACAGCGAAUGCAGCAGCUCCUGGAAGCUAAACGCGAGCUUGGAGAUGCCAUGCGUCGAAGUGAGGAAGAAAUUGCACGAGCAGAACGCGAGAAACGCGAUCUAGACUCCCUGGUUGAUAGGUACAGGGACAGUGGAUACUCUAGCCCACCAGAGUACGAGGAUGAGGACGAGGAAGCAGAAAUCGCAGCCACACUGGCCUUUUUUAAUGCUGGCAGACGGAUGAGCAGCACUGCAGAACUGAUGGAGGAUAUGGAGCCUCCACUCGAUGUGGCAGCCACACACCACGAGUUGGGCGAAGCUCUGCUUAGUAAAGGGGACUUUGCUGGCGCUGUAGUGGAAUUACAGUGUAGCGUGGAGCUGGACGCCACUAAUGCCGCUGCUUGGCUUCAUUUGGCUAAAGCUCUGGAUGGUGUUGGUGAGGACAGUGAGGCAGCAGAGGAGGCAGUACGCAGAGCGUUAGAGCUGGAGCCAGCAUCUAUCGGAGCGCUAUCCCUCUUAGGCAAAUUGUUGCAUUUACGUGGUGACCAUGACGACGCCAUUCUAGUGUUUCGGCAAGCGCUGGAGUUGCAAUGCCCAACUGGAAGCCUUUCUGGUCGUGCAGAGGAAUCUGAAGCUGAGCCACAAAGCGUGACAAUGUAGACAAGCACAUUUACAUGUAUACCGAAGCUAAUUUGACUAAAUAUCGUUUAAAUCCUUAC